GAUAUUAUAUAAAAUAAAUAUUUUCAAAACAAAGUCAAUUGAUCUUGGCCUUAUUAUAUUUACAAACGGCAUAACAUGCGAAAAAUGGAUGUGUUCAAACCAGAGACAUUUUAAUCUGUGCUACUCCAGCGUUUUUGGUUUGGUUUUAAUAGAUCGCUAAGAUGGCCAAGGCCGGACUUAAGGCCGUUUUGGAUAUUCUUAAAAGAGAUUUUUUUAGCCGUCAUAGGAAAGCUGCAAGAUACCUCGCGUCCUACGUCGAUGAUCGUUGACGUCGGGCUCCGAAGCCCACUCGUCCUUAGAAGAUUCCGAUAUGGAAUCGAACGCCGCAUUACCCUCAUUUUCUAACGACGGUUUUGUAACCGUCGAAAAUAAGAAAAAGCGUAAGAAGUGCUCUUCCCCCACGACCUCAACUUCCUCAUCCCAUGUGCCCCAAAAGGCACACAAACCUAUCCCCGCUCUCCAAGCCGGGCCAUCCCAGCCCAUGCUCGGCUGCUCCCGCCCCUCGGCCUAAGUCGGCCGCACCCACACCCGUCCCAGCAGCCCAACGUUCGGAAGCGGCCAGCGUGCCGCAUGACAAACGCCCAACCCCAAUCAUCCAAGUGCGCGACAAAUGGCCGAUGAUCCCAUCGGCCUUAUCCAACAAAUUUAAAGUAGUCGCUACAGCGACGGCUCAGGGCAUCAAGAUGCAGCUAGAGACUGCCGAUGCUUUUAGGUUUGUUACCAGAUUCCUCCAAGAAAAGGAGGUAUAUUAUCAUACAUAUACGCUUGCUGAGGAGCGUAUACUCAGGGUAGUUAUUAAACGCAUCCCCAAGAAGAUUCCGGUAGAAGAGAUCACGCAGUCUCUUAAAGUUCAGAAAUUCCCCGUCAUUAGCGUAUUUGACAUGACGAGAAUGGGAAUAAAAGCUCCGUUAGACUUAGUACAGGUAUACUUAGACCUGACACCCGAAGGAAAGGCCAUUUUUGACGUCAAGUCGAUCUGAGGCCUCAGCGGGCUUAUAGUCGAACCGCCAGCAAAAUGGAUGAAACGUGGGUCCACCAUUUUGAUCCUGAAACUAAAAGACAAAGCAUGUCUUGGAAACGGCCAUUCUCUCCAUCCAUCAAGAAAUUUCGAGUUGCUCCUACCGCUGGUAAAGUUAUGGCCUCUGUGUUCUGGGAUAGUGAAGGAAUCCUUUUUAUUGAUUACAUGCCAAAAGGCCAGACGAUUACUGGACCCUAUUAUGCAAAUUUAAUCCCAAAAGUGCG